AUGACCAUUCCUGACGAAGUUGACAUCGUUGUAUGUGGCGGUGGCAGUUCGGGUUAUUUCCCAGUUGGCCGCAUAUUAGCCAACUUGAACAAUAGGCUUCGGGUUCUUCUCAUCGAGACUGAUGAGGAUGUCCCGAAUAACCUUUGGAAGGGUUCGCCUCAUCUUCCUUGUCAAACUUUGCUGGAUAUCGGCAGCGACUUUGUUAUGUAA